UUCCAAUUUCAUUUCUAAUUAUAAAAAGUAAUUUGCCGUAAGUGACGUGCCUAAUCAAUUAUCAAUAUUAUAAAUAAACUGGUUUUAAAAAUUCGAGUUUAUCCACAUAGAGGAUCUAGAAGAGGGGAUUAACCGCUUUGAAUCCCCACCGAUUAAAAAUUCGUUAAAACACCUUUUUUUUUCUCUCCCUUCUUCAUUCUCUCUCUGUUAUUGCAUCCGUAUGGGGUGUACGAUCGAAAUCCUUUUUCCAGUAUAUUUAUUUUAAUGGCAGUCGUACACAUGCGGUGACUAUGGUACGAACAGAGUUGACAGGUGCCUGGACAAAAAAGCGUGGUCGAGAGCGGGCAUAGUAUGUAUAAUGUAAGCAUAGAGGGCUGGCAGGCCACAUGUGCCACUCUAUCACUUAUCUACCCGUAAUAUGACGUAUAACUCGACCAUAAGAUGCAACUGUGAACGCAUGUGUGUAUAUGUAUGCGUGAAUGCACAGUCAAGAUGUAUACGCGUAUAUAUACAGGGGUGAGUGGGAGGAUGAACGGACGUGUUUCUGUGUGUAUGUCCGUUUGGAAGAAACCGAGAGCACCCAACUCUCGAGGAUGUCGCGAGAACUGCUUUGGAAUCAUAACAAUGCGUUUUGGACUGGACAACAUUGAUGAAUUGCAAAUAAUCUCUCUUUCCUUUUUAUUCUUCUUUGCUUUUUAUUCUUGUUAUCCAAAAUAUUGUUCUAAUAGUUUAUCUUGAAUUAUUAUUGUAGAUGACAUUGGUGAUAACAAUAAUGCUUAUGAAGUUAUGCAUAAAUGAAACUUGGUAUAUUUGAUAAGUGAACUAUUAAGGUGAAAAUUACAAUUAAUUGAAUAAAUUGAUUUUUUGGUUGUUUACGUUAAUAUUUGUCAAUGAUUUAAGGAUAAUAUAAAGAAAUGUGAACUCCAAUCUCCAAGCCUCAUAGGUAUAAUCAGCAUCCUUAAAGCAAGAAUACCACUUUAUACCAAGAAUCUUAAAAUAUCCUAAUAUGUUCAAAACAAUGAAUUAUAUAUAUGUUCUCAAUCAAACAUAUAUUUGCAUAAAAGUUGAUGAUACAAUUGAGGAAGAGGGAAACAAAGAAAUCGAUAAAAUAAUAGUAGACUGUAAUAGAAGGAAGGAGUGAACGACUUAUCCUCAUAUGUGCGCGCAAAGCUGUUGUUAAUAAGUGACGCGUGUGCGGCAGCUGGUUUUACGUUUUUUGCCUUGCACCCGAUUCUCGGGGUUCGAGCGACGAAAGAUCGACCUAAGCACCCCCUUCUCUGCUAUUUUCCUUGUUUCUGUCUCUUGCCUGAGUUCUGUUGUACCUCGAUUUGGAAUAUUUCUUAAUAGAUUUUCAUACAAUAGAUAGACAUGCAACAGAAUCAAUCAAUGAGAUCAAAUGGAUCCCUAUGGAGCAUCAAAAGGCAAGAACGUUAAACAACAAAUGACGUAAUAUUGAAGCAGUUCAUCAGCCCUGAAGACAAUUCAUCGGACAUAAUCGUUCCAAGAAUCUAGGAAUGAGUAAAAAAAACUCCCAUAGAAGACGAAUUCGAACGGGCAGCGAGGAAAAAGAGAGACGACAGACGCGCAUGCAGAUGUUUCGCGCCACCCUGAAACCGAUGAGGCUGAGGCAAGUGCACAGAGAUGCACACAAGUGUCGGAGGAUCUUCUCCUCCUUCUUCUCCUCCUCCUCUUCUUUUCUGUUCCGUGUAUCUCAAGGGGAACGAAGCACAGCCACGCGAGUGGGCGGCGCGUACCCUUCUCGAAAGCUUCUUCCCUUACUGUUCAAGCAGGGGUAGAGGGGAUCUUCUGCUGUAUCGUUUGCUGGAAGAACAUUACGAUGUCUUGUCUUAGCUGAUAGUCGUCGAGAAGACGCGGGAACGAAUGUAUGCAGUCGAGUUAUAUGCAUAUCCAGGAUCAGUUUAAUUCUGAGCAACGUGUCUAAUCAUUUAUUCGGCCACCCUACAUCCAGUUCGUUCUUCCUUCUCCGCGAUCUUGAUCGCGCAAGUACACGUGACGCGUGGACCUUGAUAAGUGAUAAGCUUAUCACUAUAUUGAAAGAGUUAUUGAGAAUCUGUCGAAGAGAAGAGAUUUUCUGCGACUCGGUGCUUGUGGAGUUUAUUUGGGCAGUUUAAAACUUGGAUUUUAUUGCACCAAGAUGCAUCUUGAAGAUUAUCACGUGAAUAGAAGCGAGGAGGACGUGCAACGAACAAUUUCCAAAAGUAUCAAACAAGAAGAUUUCAACAAUUUACACUUAGCACCCAUCACCACUAUAAACACAAGUAAUCAGCAACCAUGUUGGAUCACUUCUCACGCAGACAACGUUUCAUCUCCUAUUCUACCUAACAAUUCCAGUCCUAAGGAAUAUACAGAUUGGGAUCAGCUCACGACCGUUUUCCAAUAUCCUUGUCAGCCGUAUUCAUCUACAGACAGGUCACCAGAAAGUACCAGUAGCGAGGCCACUACAUCAACGUGGAAUAACGUCAUUCAUAAUGAAAUAUCAGACUGUUCCAAUGGACAAAGACUGCCCUCGGUUGGUUCUGCAUUUUCUUUCUCAAAAACCUUCUGCAACACCGUUUAUCCAGAAUAUCAAAGUUAUCAGGAUUAUCAGGAGUAUCAGGAUGACGUAUCAGUGUCUUUGCCGCUUAUUCUUCACAAUCAAACCGAGGAUCAAGGACUCAGUGGAUCCAUGCAAGCGAUUACAGAUGAAUUUGAUCUUAGUUUAAUUAGGGGUGAUCCUACGUCACUCUUGUGUAGCAAUGUAGAAUCUCCUUCUUCACCCUCGUCUACGUAUUUGGAAGAACUUCAAGAUCCAUUUUCUAACUUGAAUGGAUCUUGUUACGCGGUUGGACACUUGGUCUCUGGACAACAGGCCUCGGUUUCCACGAUGAAUUUUGUUAAUGAUACUGGAUUGAAUGAUGGAUUUGGGAAUCAAAUUGUUUUGCCUAGAAACGAAGGAUUAUUAUUGACUGACAGGAGAGUGCCAGUGUCCAAGACUGCGCAAACUAUGGAGAAACGAAGCAAAUCUUUCGACAGUUCAACAACCGAUGAAAAUUUGACGUCGACGUAUCAGUGCCGAUGGAUAGAUUGCGGUUGCGCCUUUGCCGAACAAGAAGGGUUGGUUCGUCAUAUUGAGAGAAGGCACGUAGAAUCUUCGUCAUCGAAUUCUCAUGGACAUGGGAGACGAGUCCAAAGAGACAGGGACAAGGAUAAAGAUAAAGAAGGGGAGACUUACGCGGGUUCCGGUAGUGGGCAAGAUGAAUUUGCUUGUUUGUGGCAAGGAUGUCCUCGUGCUCGACCUUUUAAUGCGAGAUACAAGCUGUUGAUUCAUAUGAGGGUUCAUAGUGGAGAAAAACCGAAUAAGUGUCCGUUCACUGGGUGUAAGAAGGCAUUUUCACGAUUAGAAAAUUUAAAAAUUCACCAAAGAUCUCACACAGGAGAAAGACCAUAUGCUUGUCAACAUCGUGGUUGUUCCAAAGCAUUUAGUAAUAGUAGUGAUCGUGCGAAACAUCAGAGAACUCAUUAUGACACGAAACCAUAUGCGUGUCAAGUAACCGGAUGUGGAAAAAGGUAUACAGAUCCGUCCAGUUUGAGAAAACACGUGAAGAAUCAUUCAGAACCACCGAUUCCACUGCCUAAUCCUUCGUUAACGUCAGAUAGCAAAAAUUCUAGUAAUAUAAUUAGUAAUAGUAACUUACGGCAUGAUUCAAUUUCUACGAGUUCGAAGCAGCAACAGCAACAGAUCGGUUAUACAGGGGAAUCGAAUUAUCGAACGUAUAAGACUUCGGAAUCUUAUGCGGACGAGGACGUGGAUCUGUUCCAGACGAAUCUGUGUCAGGUCGAUAGGAUUUCCAUGAACCUUGACAGCAAUCAAGAAUAUGUCCCUAUCGAUUCUGUGAAACGCUUUCUCAUCGAUGAUGUCAGUGGAUCGCACGUGGAUGGUACAGGAUACCAGGUCGAGGAUGAAGUUCCUGAUUUUCAAGAGCUUGGUUCAGAUAUUGAACAGCAGUUUUUUGAGUUAAGUAGUCUGGAUGACGCGGUUUUCAUUGAUGGUUGAGGAAAAUGUUUAGAGGAAAGAGAUUCGAUGCCUUCAUGGUGAAUACCAAUAUUUCCAAAGACUUUUUCCAUUUUUUUUUUUUUGUACUUGAUUUUUAUACGCUGAUUCAAUUACUUGAUAGAUAUAUUUUUGUACAUAGACGAUUGUAUAUAUUAUGAUUAAAUAUAUGAUUUUGAUUCUUA